AUGGAUGAGGGACCAUUACAAGAGACUCUCGAAGACUUCUGGCACAUGGUUUAUUCGGAAAAAUCUUACGUGGUUGUGAUGUUAUGUUGCCUGCGAGAAGGAAACAACGAAAAAUGUGUGCUGUACUAUCCGAGGUCCGACGACGAAUGUGGCAAGUACGGAAACUACAAAGUAUUCUUCAAAGAAAUUAUCCCUAAUCCUCUCCCAACCGUGAAACAUAGCCUUUUCACGUUGAAAAAUGUUCGCCGACGGUACGUUUUGCUUCGUUCCGGUCUGAGAGAGUCAUAG